UUUGAAAGAUGUUUGAAGGCCAUGUUGUUGUCCACAUGACGACAGCUUGCCGCGAUUUUCAAAAGUUUCAGUGGUGAUAAAUUCACAAUUUGAUCCCAUCACCUUCUAAGUUUGAUUUUAGUGCAGCCUCAGCUAUUGGAUUAGGUUGUUUUUUUCAACAUCAUACUGUGCUGAAUCCUUUUUGUUGUAAAACAUAGUUUAAACCGAACGUCGAGGAAUUCUGAAAAUCAACUAAAAUUAUGGAAGGUCUACCUUUUUUGCCAGGAAAUGCAUUUAAGGACCCUACGCAAACCAAUUUUCACCUAUCUCACACGCUUGACGUAAAAAGUGGUCUUCGGUAUGCAAAAGCCUACCCAGAAGUUGGUAUUGGUGGUCGUCCACUAAAGGUGAACCAACUCACUGAGGCAGAACUAGACGAAUUAGCAAAUUUUCAGCCUACUUUAACUUAUGGACAGACGAAACAGUCUCCUGUUUCUGAAUUUGUCCCUGCCCAUGUCGCAUUGAGCAACAAAGUCCUUCGAUUCUACGGAUAUUUUAAGGAGACGGUUAAUGAAUCACAGAUUGAACACUACAGAGUCCGACAUGUUCAUAUACUUUACUUCCUAGAAGAUGAUAGCAUGCAAGUUACAGAACCAUCGCAAAAUAAUAGUGGCAUACCUCAAGGUAAAUUAGUUCGUAGGCACAGAAUUCCAAAAAACGAUUCCGGAGAUUGUUACAAUUGGCGUGAUCUAAAUCUUGCUACAAGUUUGGCUAUAUACGGUCGAGUUUAUCGCAUCACAAAUUGUGAUAAGUUUACAAAGGAAUUUUUAGAGAGUGAAGGAGUUGUUUUGAAUGAACCUGAACAAGAACCACUGGAUCCAUAUUUGGCUGAAAGAGCUAAACGUGAAGCAAUAGGUCUUGGUAAAACACCUUCAUCAUUUGAUAAACGACGUCAGUAUCUUGAACUUGAUCGUAAAGUUUUACGAUUUUAUGCUGUACAAGAUGAACGACAUGAAAUGUUCGGUGAAUGUCGUAAAUUUGUUAUACAUUAUUACUUAGCGGAUGAUACAUUGGAAAUACGUGAAAUUCACACAAUCAAUGAUGGCCGUGAUCCAUUUCCCUUAUUGUUAAGACGUAGUAAAGUACCAAAAUAUGAUACUGUUCCCAAUUCAUUUCCAAGUAUUAAUUUAGAACUAACUGAAAAUGAAGUAAAAGAAUAUUUCUCACCGAAAGAUUUUCAUCUUGGUCAAUCAGUGAAUAUACUUGGUCGAAAAUAUUUAAUAUAUGAUUUUGAUAAUUUUACAAAAGCAUGGUAUCAUAAUAAUUUUGGAAUAACAGAAUUCACUCCAAUAGAUGUAGAAAUUAAAUAUCCAGAAUUACCGAAAAAAGAAUUACCACCAUAUAAUGGCUUUGGAACAAUUGAAGAUAGUUUAGCCUUCACGAAAUCGUUCAUUUUAAAACCUCCCAAAGUUGAUACCAUAAAACACUUGGAUUAUGCACAAAAAGUGUUAAGAUAUGAAGCUCGUUUAGAUAGUGUUCGACCAGACGAUGAAUAUCGACGAUUUAUCAUAUCAUAUCAUCUGGGUAAUGAUAUGAUAUCGAUAUUUGAAGCUCCAACGAGAAAUUCUGGUUUCCCUAGUGGAAUAUUUCUUAAAAGAACAAGAGUGAUUAAACCUGGAACUACAUUAGAUAAUCCAAUCUAUUAUGGUCCGGCAGAUUUUGCAAUCGGCGCCAAAAUCGACAUAUUUGGAACACGUUUCAUUAUAACAGAUGCUGAUGAAUAUGUGAUGAAAUUUCUUGAAGCGAAUCGUGAUCAAUUUUCUGAUGAAUUAAUCAAUUGUUUACGUGAACAUUUCAAUCAAAAAUCGAUUAGGGAAAGUAAAGAUGUUUCUAGAAGAGACGUUGAUGAUAUUAACCAUACAAUGAAUGAAAUAAGAAUACAAUUAAAGAAAAUGUCAAUUACAGACAAAUGCAGAAUUGAUGAUAUGUUCCUAACAUAUGAUAAAGAUAGGCAAGGUUAUAUUGACAUUGAAAAUUUGAAAGAUAUGUGUAAGAAAAUUCAUAUUCCACCAGAUGAGGAUGCAUUGAAUGCAUUGCUUGAUAUCUAUGGCACUGGAAGAAAAAUGUCACUAGAACAAUUUAGAAGAUUUUUUGACCCAACAUACUUAUGAUGGAACGAACAUGAACAAUAAUAUAAUUAUGAUAAAACUAAGUUUGUGCCCUUGUUAAGUUGAUUUAGAAGAGUCGAUUAAGACACUAAAUUCCCGAUUUCUUUGAGUUUGCAAAACAAUACUACUUAAA